AGGCCCCUCCUGCGGCCUCCCUGCUCCCUCACCCUGGCUGCCUGCUGGCUGCUCAAGAGGCAAGGAUGGGGCUCCACCCAGGGGGUCUUCCCCCCCUACCUCCCAACCCCAAGGGCCAAGCGUUCGCCGGCCCCCCAAGAGAUGCAGAACAAGGGCGACCCCGCUGAGACCAUGGUGCUGCCCAUCCCCGGGGAGCCGGGCGAGAACCUGCGACGGCUUCGGCUACGGAAGAUCCUGCUGGGAGAAGAGCGCAAGCUGGCUGGCUGGGCGCUGGGCACUGCCCUGAUGGGCAUCCUGCUGAUGAUUUUGCACACCGAGCUGGCCUGGUUUGGACACUGCCAGUGGUUUGCCUAUUCCUUCACCGUGAAGUGCCUUAUCACCCUCUCCACAGCUGGCCUGCUAAUCCUCAUCCUAGCCUUUCACAUCAAAGAGAUCCAGCUCUUCAUGCUGGACAACUCCCUGGACGACUGGCAGGUCGCCAUCAACACUUCCAAGCUGGGCCUCGUGGCUCUGGAGCUCGUAGUCUGCUCCCUUCACCCCUUCCCCCUGGGAGACUCCCUCUGCCUGGACCCGAACCCCACGAGGACCUUCGUCUUCCUCUCGGACGUCGACAUGAUUCUCUCCCUCCUCAUGUUCCUCCGGCUCUACCUGGUGCCUCGGGCCGUGCUCUUGCGGAGCAGCGUGCUGGGCGACGCCUCCUACCGCAGCAUCGGCUCCCUCAACAAGAUCCACUUCCAGUAUCCCUUUGUGCUGCGGGUGAUGGUCAAUAGCCAGCCGGGGCGGGUGCUGCUCAUCUUCACCGUGGGGCUCUGGAUCAUCGCCUUUUGGGUCCUAUCUGUCUGCGAAAGGCAGCACAUGGAGACUGAAGACUACCUGGGUAAAACAGUUUGGCUGAUUCCCAUCACGUUCCUAACCAUCGGCUACGGGGACGUGGUGCCAGUGACGGUGUGCGGCAAGAUGGUGUGCCUGUUCACAGGCGUCAUGGGGGUGGGCUGUACAGCACUCUUGGUGGCCGUGGCUGCCGAUAAGCUGGAGUUCAACAGGGCCGAGAAGCACGUUCACAAUUUCAUGAUGGACAUCCAGUGCACCAAAGAGAUGAAAUGUUCAGCUGCCACUGUGCUACAAGAGGCUUGGCUGCUGUAUAAGCACACGAAACGGAAGGAUGGGCGAAGGGCACGCCAGCACCACCGGAAGCUGCUGUCAGCUAUCCACAAGUUCCGGCUUGUGCGGGUGAGGCACCGGAAGAUCCGCGAUCGAGUCAACGCGAUGGUGGACGUUUCGAAGAUGCAGAUGAUCAUGUGCGACCUCAGCUCCAGCCUCAGCAACUCUCACCGGGAGCUGGAGAAGCGGAUCGAGGCCCUGGACGGCAAACUGGAGGAGGCCAUGAAGCUGCUCUCGGCCUUGGUGGAGUCCAAGCAGCAGCGGCAGGGCCUUUGA